GGGUAGAGUUAGUGCCGGUGCCCAGCUUCACUGUCGCAAAGUCAAGGCGCCCAGGGUCCCGCACCGUAAAUCGCUGCCACCAACCGCACACAGAAGACGCUGUUUCCGGCGCUCAACGUCCAUCCUUUUCCUUCCUCCUCCUCCCGCAAUUUCCUUCUAGCGGCCCUGCCGGCCUUUCUUUUUGUUUUCCUGGCAUUUUCAUCCCUCCCUGCCUGCGGCUCCCUCCUGCUUUCCUCAACCUGGACACAACAUGCUGGAGUGUGUUCCACAGGCGCCGUAAUGAAUGACGUCCCUGCGGCUACGGCCGUGGCCAAGGCCAAUGAGGAGGGCCCGGCCCCUCCAGAGGCACCAGCCGUUAUCGCUAAGCCAGGUCACGAGCUACCCUAUGUCGCACCCUCUUCCUACCUUCGUCCGAAACCCAACAGCCACGCCAUGUCAGAACCGAAGCCUUCAAGUCCCCUAGACAAGGAGCAGAUGCAGGGCCUGAGGGGAAUUCGCGAAUUCCUCAAGGUCCGCACCAGCUACGAUGUCCUCCCGCUUUCGUUCAGGCUCAUCGUGCUCGACAACGAUCUCCUCAUCAGGAAGAGCCUCAACAUUCUCAUACAGAACAACAUCGUCUCAGCCCCUCUGUGGGACUCGCACAACUCGACAUUCGCGGGGCUCCUGACGAGCACCGACUAUAUCAACCUCAUUCAGUACUACUGCCAGUACCCCGACCAGCUCAAUGAAGUCGAACAGUUCCGACUGAGCAGUCUCAGGGAUAUCGAGAGGGCAAUUGGGGUGGUGCCUCUUGAGACGGUGUCGAUACACCCCAUGCGACCACUGUACGAGGCCUGCCGAUCCAUGAUCGUGACGAGGGCCCGAAGGAUCCCGCUCAUAGACGUGGACGACGAGACGGGCAGGGAGAUGGUAGUCAGCGUCCUCACGCAGUACCGCAUUCUCAAGUUCAUUGCCGUCAACAACGAGAAUUACACCAUGAUGCUCAAGAAGUCGGUUCGCGAAUGCCAGCUGGGAACAUAUACGGACGUGGCCACAGCGCGCAUGGGUUAUACGGUGCUCGACGCCAUCCACCUCAUGGUGAAGUACAAUAUCUCGUCGGUGCCCGUCGUGGACCGGGACAACCGCGUGCUCAACGUGUUCGAGGCUGUCGACGUCAUCCCCUGCAUCAAAGGCGGUAUCUACGACGAACUGUCAGCCUCCAUCGGCGACGCGCUCGCCAAGCGUUCUGACGACUUCCCGGGCAUCUACACGUGCUCCGAGGACGACCGCCUGUCAUCCAUCUUUGACUCCCUCCGCAGGUCACGCGUGCACCGCCUCAUUGUCAUCGACGACGAGAGUCGCCUCAAGGGCAUCAUCUCGCUCUCUGACAUCCUCAAAUACGUGCUCGUGCACGGCGAGGAGGAUGACGAAAUCAAGAAUUCAUGAAAACGGGAGAAGGUUUGAGGGCAUAGGUUGUGGCAUAAUUCCCAGAUGAUGCCUCUACCACUCGCCUUCCUUCGAUUGCCCCCCUCUUUCUACUCGUUCCCCAUACCCCCACUAAUAGGUCCUUUUGGUGGAUUUUGGUCGCAUUUUCACGGCGUCAGGCCAUGGUGAUUGAUGAAGGAUGGAAAUGGGAUACCACGCUUGCUUGCUGCAUGUCUUUUUUGGCCUCUUCUUUUCUUGAGCCGUCUGGCUUAUGUGCUUAUACCGCGUAUCGGACGCUUCUCUCCAUAGAGCUGGUUUACUUGUUGGGAUUUUCUUUGAUUUUCAAGGGUCGGACAUAAUUAUGAGGGCCUGGGGUUUUCUCUCUCGUUUCCUUCCUUUUUUGCUUUGUUCCCCUGUCAUCCCUGCUCGCAUCUUCGGGCUCCGAAUGAUUCGCUCGGGGCCAGAAAGGGACAUAUGAGACAGGCACCACGGCGGGCAGCUGAUGGUCCAUCACGGUUCCAUUUGGCGUCCACUGAUACUAUCCCCUGCCAUCGUAUAUGCCUACGAUUUCUAUCUCGCUGCCCUCUGAUUAGGUAGCUACUUGCCCAUGCUGGGUUCAAAUCUAGGCAGGCUUCUGCCAAGCCUACCCACUCCCGUCGGCAUAUGCUGCUAGUUCCCUCACAUCCCGUCACGCAUCUCGGG